UUAGUAUUAGCUAACCUCGAAAUAUAAAUAUUGCAAGAAAAUGAUUUCUGUUUUACCUAACCACUUCAGAAAAAAGAUAUACAUUUCACCAAUGCCUUAUCAAAGACGAUAACUUAACGAUAUAAACAAACACAUGUUUAGUCAUAUAGCUAAAAACAUUCAACUAUGGAGCUUUUACUCCCACAUCCUUCAAACUCAUCUCCUCUCACUGUUCUCGGUUUCUUAGAACGAGCCGCCUCCGUUUACGGCGACUCUCCUUCCCUCCUCCACACAACAACCACCCAUACUUGGUCUGAAACCCACUCUCGAUGUCUCCGCAUCGCUUCGACUCUAUCUUCCUCCUCCCUUGGAAUCAACCGUGGCCAAGUCGUGUCGGUUAUAGGUCCCAACGUCCCUUCCGUCUACGAGCUUCAGUUCGCGGUUCCAAUGUCCGGUGCAAUCCUCAACAACAUCAACCCGCGUCUAGACGCUCAUGCACUCUCUGUUCUUCUUCGUCACAGUGAAUCCAAGCUCGUUUUCGUCGACCAUCACUCGAGCUCUCUAGUCCUCGAAGCUGUUUCGUUCUUGCCCAAGAACGAGAAACCUCGUCUCGUCCUCCUCCACGACGAUGGCGACGACACGUCAUUGUCUGACGUGGAAUUUCUCGACACGUAUGAAGGGUUUAUGGAGACCGGAGACUCGAAGUUCAAGUGGGUCCGUCCUGAAAACGAGUGGGUCCCAAUGGUGCUAAAUUACACCUCCGGAACGACGUCGUCUCCCAAGGGAGUGAUGCUUAGCCAUAGAGCAGUUUUCAUGAGCACUGUUAACUCUUUGCUCGACUGGUCUAUGCCUAACCGUCCGGUCUACCUAUGGACCCUACCGAUGUUCCACGCCAAUGGCUGGGGCUACACAUGGGCUACAGCCGCUGUAGGGGCCACAAACAUCUGUCUCCGAAGAGUCGACGCGCCAACUAUUUUCGAGUUGAUAGACAAGCAUCAAGUGACUCACAUGUGUGCUGCGCCUAUGGUUCUCAACAUGUUGACCAAUUACUCGGACCGGAAACAGCUUAAAAGCCCGGUCAGGGUUAUGACAGCCGGAGCUCCACCGCCGGCUACGGUCAUUUCCAGAGCUGAGAACCUCGGUUUUGAUGUGGGUCAUGGCUAUGGUCUGACAGAAACUGGUGGUCUGGUUGUCUCAUGUGCGUGGAAGCCCGAGUGGGAUUGUCUGGGACCAAACGAGAGAGCAACAUUGAAAUCAAGGCAAGGAAUUAGAACCGCGGUUUUUGCAGAAGCUGACUUGAGAGACCCGAUAACCGGGAAGAGUGUGAAGCAUGAUGGAGCAACCGUGGGAGAGAUUGUCUUCAGAGGCGGUUCUGUCAUGUUGGGUUACUACAAAGACCCGGAAGGCACCGCAGCAAGUAUGAGGGAAGACGGAUGGUUCUACACUGGAGACAUGGGUGUGAUGCACCCGGACGGUUACUUAGAAGUCAAGGACAGAUCAAAGGAUGUAAUCAUAUGCGGAGGAGAGAACAUUAGCAGCACGGAAGUCGAGACGGUUCUGUACACAAACCCGGUGGUUAAGGAAGCAGCUGUGGUGGCUAAGCCAGACAAGAUGUGGGGAGAGACCCCGUGUGCGUUUGUGAGCUUGAAGUAUCAUGAUGGGACUGUGACUGAGAGAGAGAUAAGGGAGUUUUGUAAGACGAAGCUACCAAAGUAUAUGGUUCCCAGAAAUGUGGUUUUCCAGGAGGAGCUUCCAAAGACUUCUACUGGAAAGAUUCAGAAGUAUCUUCUCAGACAAAUGGCCAAGUCUUUGCCUUGAUGAAGAACAAGAUCUUUGGAUUGAUGAAGAAACAAACUUGAUUCCUCGUUAUAUUACUAUACUGUACACUACGAAGUUCUUCUCUCUACCUAAGUACAAGUCUCUGGUUCACUAGUUUGGCUCUAUCUUCUUGUCGCCGACCACGAAACGUUUAGUGUCAGUGUCCUGUCCUGAUGUCUGAAGUUGUUCUCUCUUCUUAAUUAGUUGUUUUGCAGCU